UUUCUCUCUCUAGGGCCCUUCGUUUUCCUUCCCUCUCUGCCUGCGUUCUCCUCUGCUUCCUUCAUUCCCUUAUUCCUCCCUUCAUAUUAAGAUUCGUCUUCUACCCAUCGUCCGUUUCCCCUGUCUCCUUCUCUCUCCAGAAAACUGUUAUUCUUCUCUUCCAUCUUUCAUCUUUCCAGCUUCUUGAAUGCUGAUUCCCGGCAUAACUUGAUCCCCAUUGCCAAGCAACGAUCGAUCUUUCCUCGACCCGAACAAGCUCUUCCCUUUUGUACAGCAUCCCCUCUGUUGUUCUGCCUCCCCUGCACCCCAUUCCGGAGAGGAUCGGUAAUUCGGUAUCGACGGAGAAGAUGUUGGAGGGGUUCUUGAAGCCCAAGUUCUACAAGAAAUGUAAGACGGCAAUAAAGCUUACGAAGACCCGGCUCGUGACCAUAAUCAAGAAGCGGAAUGCGGUCGAGAAGUAUUUGAAGAAGGACAUUGUUGAUCUUCUCAACAGCGGUCUAGAUUACAACGCUUAUGGUCGGGCGGAAGGACUCCUCAUCGAGCAGAACAUGUCGUGCUGCUAUGCUUUUAUCGAGCAGUUCUGCGGGUCUAUUUUAAGUAACCUUUCUGUUAUGCAGAAAGAGAGGGAAUGCCCUGAAGACUGCAGAGAGGCCGCGCCAUCUCUGAUGUUUGCAGCCGCACGGUUUGCUGAUCUGCCUGAACUGCGUGAGCUUCGGAGCCUAUUCACAGAAAAAUACGGAACCGCCCUGGAGAAUUUUGCAAAUAAGGAGUUCGUCGGGAGGUUGAAAGCAGGGCCUCCAAGCAAAGAUGUGAAGCUUCAGUUGCUGCGGGACGUCGCAAACGAGUUCUCAUUGGAAUGGGAUUCCAAGGCAUUGGAGCAGAAGCUGUUCACUCCACCUCCUUCUGUUCAAGAGCAUCCUAAGAAUGCACCUCCAGAAGAAACUGAGGAUGACUCGCACCAGUGGCAUAAAAGAGAGAGGCGAGAUUUUCAGCCAGAAAGAGAAAGCGAAGGUGUUGGUAGUAAAUUACCAUACGAGGAACCGAAGAGGAACGAGCGUUCACCUCCGUUCCACUAUCCGGAGGAAGUUCGCAGUAGGAAAGACAAAGAAGAACGAGAACAAGAGGAAAAAAAGCAAAGCAGGAGACCUUCAUACAGAAAUAUCCCUCCUCCUUACAUUAAAGCAACACCCGAGAAAGAAAAGAAAGUUGCACAAGAAGAUAAAGCUCAUGAAAAUGAACCAAGCCCAGAUGCCAAACCGAAGCCAAGGUCUGUGAGGCAGAGGAGACUGAAACUGCCACUGGGUGGUGAAGCUGAACAGAGCCCGAGAUCCGCAAAUACAAGUUAUAGUCACAAUGAAGUGGAUGAAGAAGAUAGAGCUAUUGAUGGGCUGCUGAUGCAUUAUAGUAAGAAGAAGGCGUCUCCUUAUGAGCCGAGCAACAGACUGAAAGGGUCCCUCAGACCGUCACCUUUGCAAGAAAGCAACUUCUCCCAUGAGUCUAGCCACUCAAGAAGGCACGCGAGCGAGAAAGCAGAGUUUGGAACCCCACCGACUCGAGCAUCUUCGCUACCAGCAGAGUCCACAUCCCCGACUGAGUCAAAUGAGAAUGAGACAGAAAAAGGGCAUCAUCGGGCUAAGUCGUUUCUGAACGAGAUGUGUCCUGGGCAUGUUCAUCCUAAUUUGCCUGAUUACGAUGACCUGGCAUCGAGGAUUGCAGCACUUAGAGGGAGAUGAAUCCUGUUCGGUUGUAACUCUUGCCAUUCUUUCCUUUCAACAUUGAAAGUUCCAUUUGUAAUCAAAUCACUAAACAAAUGCAUCUUCAAAGGAAGAUUAGGUUGAUCUAGAUAUAACCUACUUGGUGGAGAAAACAAGAGUAUCAUGUAGUUGUUGUGGCAGAUUUAGACAUGUUCGUUGGGCAACAUAUGUAGUUUCGUGGGAUUUCAUCUUACCUUAGACUGUGAAUGUCCUAAUACAAUGCAGUUCAAG